UCGAGGGAAAUUUCAAAAUGUAAACAAAUCUCCACUGGCGAAUUCUGUUUAAUUCCAACUUCUUUGAACUCUUUGGAGUUUCGUGUAGAAUUUGCAUAAACGUGAACUCAAUUCUUAAAAAAAAUUAAUUUAUUACUCGGGCUAGUUAUAUUCGUUGGAUUUAACGUAAAGAUCUAUGUAUUAAUACGUAAAAAAGUGACGUAUAAUGGGCAGUGAAAUUCAAGAGUUUGAGGGAGAGAUCGAGGAGCACUUUUACGGCGUUUAUCUUUUAUACUGCACAAACCCACAAUACCUGGGUCGGACCUACGUGGGCUUCACCGUCAACCCUUUGCGUCGAGUGAAACAACAUAAUCGAGGAUCUCAAUUUGGUGGCGCCCGAAGGACAAGUAAUAAAGGACCAUGGGAGAUGAUCUUAAUAGUUCAUGGCUUUCCCAAUGACGUAGCUGCACUUAGAUUUGAAUGGGCUUGGCAGCACCCGUGGCGAUCUCGACGCCUGGCACAUUUGGGAUGUUCGAAGACGGCAAAACGAACCUUAACUUUCUGCCUUGGUGUUGUGAAUGAAAUGCUCAGGGUUGGUCCUUGGAGGAGACUUCCUUUGACGCUCAGGUGGCUUCAGCCCAAAUACUUUGCCACUCUCAAAACGCCCCUUCCCGAUCACAUGAGUAUUGUGAAAGGAGCCCUGAGAAAGGCAGACCAACCUCAUGAAGCCCUCGUUGCUCAAGAAGAAUGUGCAGAGUGUGGACGACGAAAUGGACUGAAAACCCUCAGGUGUCUUCAUUGCGAAUUUUCAGCGCACGCUGCAUGCUGGGUGCAGAGACUUGGUUCCAAAGGUGUUGUGCUUCCAGUUGAAGGAAAGUGUCCUGGCUGCAGGAAGAAAGUGAUGUGGGGUCACAUAGUUGUGGCCAAUAGACCACCAAAAUCUAAUCAGGACUGACGUUUGAGACAAACUCAAAAAUAAAUGGCUUUGGAUUGACAAUUAAACUAAUAAUUAUAA